CAGACAGUCCCUAACUUAUUAUCGCACGCCCCCUACCUCUGUCUGAAUCGGAUCUCUUACUUUCUGGUGACCGCACAGGUGAAAAUAAGAUUCAUAUAUGUUUCUGCAUUUUCCUCAAAGUAAAAUAGAGAACCUGUUUCAUAACUGAUGUGUUUUUGUGAAGCUUUGCCUGCUGAAACUAAAUAGUAGGGCUUAUACCACCAACUGAGUGUGUUUUAGCAGCCUCUAUUAUCAUUUCAUCUCUCCGUCCGAGAUGAAAAGAAACGGCGCCUACAGAUUUCUGUCUGUUUUCUCUUGCUUCCUCGUUUGCAUGUUCUUGUUCUUGUUCUGGUUCUUCGUCUUCUACUCCAUGGUUCUUGCGCCGUAAAACACUGAGGAAGCCGCAAACAGCUAAGCUAAAAGUGACGCGCUGCUUUUACCCACACUGCACCGCUUUAUUGACAAAUCCUGCGUUCACAUGACCAUCUGAAACAGGAAGUAGCAGCCGAGGAUAUUACUGCCUUCUCCUUCAGUUUAGUGUUUGUAAAAAUUGUUCAUUGAAGUCCUGAUGGCGUCUGACAUCAGUGGAGCAUCGUUAUCCUCUGAAGACCUCAAGCUGCAGUUUGCACCCUUCAGCAGCGCGUUGGAGGCAGGCUUCUGGCACCAGCUCACCCAGAAGAAGCUCAAUGAUUACAGACUGGACGAGAGCCCCAAGUGCAUCAAAGGAUACUAUUAUAAUGGUGACCCUGUCGGCUUGCCCACUCGUCUGACUUUAGAGUUCAGCGCCUUUGAUGUUGAUGGUCCGACUCCGGCUCGUUGUUGUCCAGCUCUUGGUAUGCUAUAUAACACCAACACACUCGAUGCCUUUAAGGCUGUUGAUAAAAAGGCUCUGCUGGAGAAAGAGGCCAAAGAGAUAUGGGAGGCCAUACAGUCUGGAGCUGCACUGAAGAACCCUUCUGUCCUCUGCAGGUUCAUUCUGCUGACCUUUGCAGACCUCAAGAAAUACCAUUUCUACUACUGGUUCUGUUUCCCGGCACUUUGUUUUCCAGAAGGAUUAAAAAUUAUUCAGCCGCCUGUUAUCCUAGAGAAAGUUUUCUCUCCAAAACAGAUCUCAGCCCUGCAGGAGGCCUAUGAUGGUCUGUGUGUAAAGAGAGGGAUCACUGCAGUUCCUUUUUUCCUGAUGAAAUACGCUGAUGACGCUGUUCAGAUGGCUCUGCUUGAGGACUGGGAGGCAUUUUUUACUGAUACUAAGAAGGUAACUGUGGGCAUCUAUGAUCCAUGUACUCUGUCACAUCAUCCGGGCUGGCCUCUGAGAAACCUCCUGGUCCUCUUGGCCAAGCAGUGGGGCUCUAAACUGGACGUGGUGGAAGUGCUGUGUUUCAGAGACCAAACUCUGCAGGGAAACCGCUCCAUCCAGCACAGUGUCCUCUUCCAAGUCAAGCUACCUGAGCUUCCCAAUAAUUCAGUGUGUCUUAAAAGUGUUGGAUGGGAGAAAAAUCCGAAGGGAGCAAUGGGACCACGGAUGGUCAACCUGAGUGAAUGCAUGGAUCCUAAAAGACUUGCAGAGUCAUCAGUGGACCUGAACCUUAAGCUAAUGAGAUGGAGGCUGGUUCCUUCUUUGGACUUGGACAAAGUGGUCAACACAAAGUGUCUCCUUCUUGGUGCUGGGACUCUGGGCUGCAAUGUUGCCAGGACCCUCAUGGGCUGGGGAGUCCGACACAUCACGUUUGUUGACAAUGCCAAGAUCUCGUACUCCAAUCCGGUUCGGCAGCCACUUUAUGAGUUUGAAGACUGCCUCGGAGGAGGGAAAUCAAAAGCUACAGCAGCUGUUGACCGUCUUACAAAAAUCUUUCCGGGUGUGAGCGCCGAAGGCUACAAUAUGAGCAUCCCAAUGCCUGGCCACCCAGUGAAUUUCUCUCAGGCUACGCUUUCUCAGGCCCAGAAAGAUGUGGUGCAGUUGGAGAAGCUUAUUUCAGAACACGAUGUGGUGUUUUUGCUCAUGGACACAAGGGAGAGCCGCUGGCUGCCCACUGUUUUAGCUGCCAGCAAGAGAAAGCUCGUGGUGAAUGCUGCUUUAGGCUUCGACACGUUUGUUGUAAUGCGACAUGGUCUAAAAAAACCUCCCAUCAGUCAAAGUGUUUCCACGGCUACAGACUCCUCUACUUCCUGUUCCUCUGCUUCCUCAUCAUCUUCCACUCCGGCCGGAGCUGCGCCCGGUGUCCCAGGAUCCUCUCUGUUCUCCAACAUCCCAGGGCACAAGUUGGGCUGCUACUUCUGCAAUGAUGUUGUUGCUCCAGGAGAUUCGACCAGGGAUCGGACCUUGGAUCAGCAGUGCACCGUCAGCAGACCAGGCCUUGCCAUGAUUGCUGGAGCUUUGGCUGUGGAGCUGAUGGUGUCCAUCCUACAGCACAGUGAAGGGGGCUACGCAGUGGCCAGCAGCAGUGACGACAGAAUGAACGAACCACCCACGUCUCUCGGUCUUGUGCCUCAUCAGAUCCGAGGCUUUCUGUCCAGGUUUGACAACGUGCUGCCUGCCAGCCUGGCCUUCGACAAAUGCACUGCCUGCUCACCCGUUGUCCUGGACCAUUAUGAGAGGGAAGGUUUCAGCUUUCUGUCCAAGGUUUUUAAUUCUUCCCACUCAUUUCUGGAAGACCUCACUGGACUGACUCUGCUGCACCAGGAAACUCAGGCUGCAGAGAUUUGGGACAUGAGCGACGAUGAGAGCAUCUGAAUGGUGGAGCAGCGGGAGGAUUUCACUCCAAAAAUAUUCUUCACAAUACCAAACAUCAAGCUCUGUACAUUAGACACAAGGUGCAUCGUCACACUUGGGCAGUAAUGGUAAAACUAAUUCUUCACAAACGGACAAAGAGCUUGAGCUUAUUGUGGUGUGUAAAACCAUGUUUGCAAAAAUUAAGUGUUGUAUUGUCUCUAAGUUGUAAAUUACAAUCACCACAAUAAACCUGUUUAGUUGAAUCUGUCA